AUGCCUCCUUUCGUAUUCAUCAACAAGCCACCUGCAGAGGACGAGUCUGUGCGUCUUCGCAGGGAAUUUGCGGACCUUGUCGACAAGCUGGGUGCGACGAUAAUGUCCAUUCCGGACGAUAGGCCAGAGUUGAUGCGGGAGAAGCGAGACUGGAAUGCGGAAUGGGAUACGCUAUCUGCUGCGUUCGACGCCUCGUUUGCUGCUGCAGAGAAGCGAGGGUUGCAGCUGUCCUUGUCCGCAGCUGAUACCUCCUUGGUGAAAAGUGGCAACCUGACUUAUGCGACCCACGAGUGUCAGUUCUCCGAGAAGAUGCAGGAUGAUCAGGAAAAGAUGGACGUGGUUUUGGGCGAGGCUGGCGGCGGGGAAGAGGAUGCGGAUGCGGAGCCUGAGGUUGCAAGCGCUCCAGUGGUGACUUCUGCCAAACGUGCGCGUAAGGUGCCUGGUAAAACGAAGAAGCCUGCAGACGCUGAUGCGCCACGCGUGUCGAAAUCUGGUGCUCGUGCGAUCGUUCCAGGUCCUAAGGUUGACCACGUUCUUCCUUGUGGCAAUUGCAAGAGGCGUGACCAGCCUUGCAGUGGUUCGCAAGGUCAGCAGUGCGAUCCCUGCAAGGUUGCGAGGACCAAAUGCGAGUACGCAUCCUUCGGGAAGGCAUCUACUAAGAAGGCCCCGUCCGCAACUCCAGUUGCUGGUGGAUCUCGUCUAUCCGCGCCUGGUUCCAUUCGUCGUACCGUCUCCUCUCCAGAACGCCAGAUACUCGAGGUCUCUGAUAGUGAGGUGGUUGCUAGACGUCGUUCAAUCGUUACUGGGAAGGGAAAGAAGCUGGCAGUAGAGGACGAUGCUGAUGAUGCGGAGGAUCUGGAGGAGUUGCACGAGAUGCGCCAGGUGCGUGCGCAGCUCAUGCAAGCCUAUAGCAUGAUCUUCGAGGCCACCCUUGCGCUUGACAAGCAGGAGCAGCGCAUCCUCAAGAAGCGUGCUGCCCGCAAGUAG